AAGAAUAUACUAGUCGAAAAUAAUGUAAAGAUGGACAAAGAUGGUCUCACUGAUCUCUAUAUUCAACAUGCCAUUCCCCUGCCUCAGCGUGACUUACCAAAAAGUAGAUGGGGGCAAAUGAUGGAAAAGAAAAGACAGCAAAAUGAGUUGAAAAGUGAGAAUAAAAGUGUUACAACGGUGGAAGGUUUAAGGAAACGGCCAUUAAUUGUAUUUGAUGGCAAUUCAACAAGUACGAGCAUAAAGGUGAGGAAGACGGAGAACGGAGCUGCUGAUCGCCUAAAACCUCCUCCAGCUGGAAGCACCACCAACACUGUUAGAAGAUUAUCAGUUCCUUCAAAUGCCUCAACAUACAUUUCAGCCUCCAGUUUAUCAGAGGACGCUAAGCUGGGAAUGAGGAAUAGUGAGGCUAAGCAGAACAAUAUUUCAAAGACUAACAGCAGUGUGUUGGCUAGUCUGAAGGUGUACCCUUUGUCUCCAGUCGCAGGAACUACUGUUGUGAAGUUAAAGAGAGCUGUUCCAAAAGAGGAAUCUGAUUUGCCGAAUGAUCUAAAGCCUACAGAAGCAAAGAAGAAAAUCCAGCACGUUACAUGGCCAUGAAGUAGCUAAUGGUGCUUGAAACAUAAAUGUUACUUCCGUAUUUUCAAACAGAUAAGUCAUAUUUAAACAGUUUAAGUACAAUUCUUUUUAAACCUUACAGGGAUUCAGAUUGCUGUGAAGUUUUAACAAGUUUAAAAGUUCCCUGUUGUAAAGCUGGAGUUAUUAUCACCAGUCACCUUAAAAGUGUCUACUCUUAUACCCCAAGUAGCUCAUGACUUCUUUAAAAGCUGGUAAUAUUACAAUAUACUAAACUCCCCACUUCUAGUUUUCAAGAUUAUUAUAGUUCAUCUCCUGCAUGUCACUACAAUUCACACAUAUAAAUGUAUUUUUGUUUCAGUAAGAUUCAGUUUUAUUCCACUUCUGGUUAAAUAGUUAAAAUAGCAAUUGAGAUUCAGAGUGAUCCCAAGAGCCUUCUUCACUUUAAAAAGGUAAUUAAUUUAGAUGAGAAAACUGACCAUUCUGUUGUUAAGAUAGUCUGAGACAAUUUUUUUUUCCUUUUCGUUGCACAGAACAGGCAGGAGUGUAGAAUUUGCAGUGCAAGUUAGGUUGGUAAUAAGAGAUGAGCUAUUUUAACAGCAUUAC